AUGGCUAUCAGUCCCAGCGCGCAGCCGGAGGGGCAGUUCACGACGCUGGGCCCGCUGGCUGUAUCCACCGUUAGUUCAGGAGACCUGAGAGCUCCCAAAAAUUUCGUCGCCCGCGUUCCCCGAGGCCACCGAGGUGUUCGGAAGGCGGACACGGAGAGUUCAGAUAAAAGCGGCUACGAUCGGGAUGCCAGUCCCGAGCUGUCCCCCGGCGGCUCUGCCACAACGCGGGGACUCGCGAGGACUGUAGCCCAGGCGGAAUCCUGGCACUCGCCCUGUUCUUCCUGCUUAGAUGCCCUGGGUGACCAUCCUUCCCAGGGCGGAACCUGCCCUGCUAACCCUGAGGUGGAUAGUGUCACCAGCCCCUCCCAACCAGCCCUCCAGUAUUUCCCCCUCACCCUGACGGCCAUGAACCCCUCCACUGCCCUGCCCAGCGGCCCAGAGAGACUCUCCAGCUUUGGCUCGGUAGACUGGCUCUCCCAGAGCAGCUGCACACGGCCAACCCACACCUCCAGGCCUGCUGAAGUCUCCUGGGGGAACCCCUCUGGCCCAGGCCAGGCAUCUAGCACUAGGGAUCCCCCUCAGACCAUCGUCAUGAAGGAGGCUACAUCCUCGGCUAUGUCCUCGGAUCUGCCUAUGCGAGAGAAGCCCUUGGCUGGGCUGAGCAAGGAGCCAGACCCCUGGCGGGUCCCACGAGUGCGCACAGCCUUCUCUGCAGAGCAGCUCCGGGCCUUGGAAGGUGUCUUCCAGCACCACCAGUACCUCAGCCCCCUGGAGCGGAAGAAGCUGGCCAAGGAGAUGCAGCUCUCAGAGGUGCAGAUAAAAACCUGGUUUCAGAAUCGCCGAAUGAAACACAAACGCCAGAUUCAGGACUCCCAGCUCAACGUCCCCUUCUCUGGGCCUCUGCUCUCACCUGUCCCUUUUGGCACCAUCUGCAGCCCUGAGCACUGGCCUGCAGCAGCCAUGCCCUUGGGCAUCCCUGCCCCUGCCAGGACCCCGGCUCUGGUGCUGCCCACCAGCUCCUUCUGGGGUUUCUGCCAAGUGGAACAGGACCUCCUGGGUCUGGCAUGGGCCUCCUGCUGUCAACAGCCUCUAGUGUGUCACCUUCCAGACUCUGGAAGACAUGUGCAUAUGCUGGGCCCGGCCUUGUCCAUGGGACCCUGAGGCCUGUGUGCCCCAUCGGAAGCCACUGAUACCUUCUAA